CGUCCCAAUCAGAAGUUCAGUAUUCUUCGCUACAACUCUGAUAGAAUGGACCUCUACGCUAUAAGCAGCAGUGGUAAUGUUUUCAUUCAACGUGAGAACAAUCUGCGCCAGUAUAAAGCCUCCCAUAACAUCCAAGACGGUCCUAAUAAGGGUGCUGGUAGUGAAUUUGGUCAGGAUGCCAAGGAAGAGGCUCGACUGAGACGGUUGGGUAUCUCACGCCAGGGAUAUAGACCUGAGGAUCAACCUUGGCUACUCACUGUUGGCAAGGGGAGAACGGCGAAGCGAUAUCGGGGAGUGAAAGAGGGUAGUGUCUCGGCUAAUGUGGGACACUUUAUCUUCUGUCAGAAUGGAGAUGGAAGCUUUAAUGCCUACCCUGUAGAC